AUGGCUUCAUCAGAUGAGCCGCAGUCUCUCCGUUCUCUCUACGAAGCUGCCGAAGAAAAGCGCCAUGCCUUGGACAACGCCUUUGAGGCGAACUCGCCCUCCUACCGCGCCGAUCUCGAAGCAGCCCUCUCCCUCUAUGCAAAGGCCCGCGACCGGAUGGCCGCCGUCUCUCUCUUCUCUGCCAACGAAGGAGUAGAAGAUAUCUCGACCACCGAUCUACCUUACCUACUACUCGAUGCUCACGUCGCCGAGCUCGUACAAAAGACGCCCAACCUGAGCCCCGAUCAGCGACAAGAUGUCCUCGCCGAGUCACGAUCUGCGUACGAACGCUUCCUCGCUGCCUUGGACGGCUACGGCCUUGUAGGAAAUCCCUAUGACAAGCUACUGGAGCGAUACCGUGACGACCCAGACAGCUUCGCCGUGGUGGCGAGCAACGACCCCGCAGCCCGGCGAGACGGCAAGAUCGCAAACUACCGCGCCGAGAAGCAGCUGAAGGAGAAGCUCGAGACGUUGCGGCGCAACCCGCGAUACCUAGAACACGGCGACGAGGAGAUUGUCCGUGAGCUGUACCUCACACAACUCACCUCGGCGGUGCACGCAGCCUUCCAGGCUCUCGACUCACUGAACCGCGAGGUGGCAAUUCUCGCCCAGGCACCCCGCCCCCUCGCCCCCUCGGCCGUCGACACGCCGUCCGCUGACGAUCACACGUCCCGACUUGACCAACCCUUGCGGAGGCUACAGUCCGUGACGGGCGGCCCACUGCUCUCAGCGCAGGGCAAGCCGCUACAGCCCUUUACCCUAGUGGGCUCCCGGGAUGAGCGGGCGAGGGGCGUGUUCCGGUCGGGCCAUAACCUGCCGACCAUGUCCAUCGACGAAUACCUCGAAGAGGAGAGGCGGCAGGGCAAUAUCCUGCAGGGCGGCGUCGAGAAGAAGACGGUGGUGGACGAGGACGACAUGGAGGCCGUGGACCGCGAGACGUACAAGCAGCGCGAGUGGGACGAGUUUGUUGACCACAAUCCCAAGGGCGCUGGAAAUACUCUCAACAGGGGCUGA